GGGUGACGCGCCGCGGAGGACUUACAUAAAAAUCCUCGGAGGACUUUUCAGACUCCUCGAAACGCUUCAAAAGUCGCUUUUAUUCGCGACUAAGCGCUGCGGAGACGCUCCAAGUCGAGGAAUAUGAGAAGUUGUGGCACUUUACCGACGUCUCACGGACGUUUGUUUUAGCUAAAUCGAGGGGAAAGUACUUUUUUUCCCCCUCUUCAAGCUAACAGGCGCUUCGUGAAGCCGCCAGAGGACCGAGGGGGACUCCGACCGACUCGCUUUCUGCUUCACGCGUCUUUUUUUCGGGGCAUGUGAGUCUCCAGAACACGCCUGGACCUGUUGAGCGUGUACAGAGGAGCCGGGAUAAAGCCACCUUUGUUUUUGUCCGUGUCUUUGGCUCCGGAGUGACCAUGAUGCCGAACACGGCGCUUUACGCGGCCAAGAAACGGAAGAAGCCGGUCCAGAAAAUACCCAAACCUCAGCCUCCUGAUGGCGUCAAGACCAACCCGUCCAAACGCCACCGCGACCGCCUCAACGGCGAACUGGACAAGCUCACCAGCCUGCUGCCCUUCACCGAGGAGGUCCGGGCUCGGCUGGACAAGCUGUCCGUCCUCCGCCUCAGCGUCGGCUACCUGAAGGUCAAGAGCUUCUACAACGCCACCUUGAAGGUCGGCCAGAGCAGCUCCAGCUGGACCAGCGAGCGAAGCCUGAUGUUCGGAGGAGCCUCCCAGAACGCCGCUCUGCCUCCGUCCACCUCCUCCUCCUCCUCCUCCGCCGCCGCCGUCCAGCCGCCGCCCGCCGUGGUGACGUCCAUCGACGGCGUCAGCUUCUCCGAGGGAGACCUGCUGCUCCAGGCGCUGAACGGCUUCGUGUUGGUGGUGACGGCUGAAGGCUACGUCUUCUACACGUCGCCGACCAUCCAGGACUUCCUCGGCUUCCAUCAGUCGGACGUCAUCCACCAGAGCGUGUUCGAGCUGAUCCACACCGACGACCGGGCCUUGUUCAGGCGACAGCUCCACUUCUCGCUCAACCCGGGUCAGGACGGCGGCGCCAACGCCAGUGACCAGAGCAGCGCUGAGAUCAGCAGCAACCUGACCAACUACGACCCGCAGGCCAUUCCUCCAGAAAACUCGUCCUUCCUGGAGAGGAACUUCUGCUGCCGCUUCCGCUGCCUGCUCGACAACUCCUCCGGCUUCCUGGCGCUCAACUUCCGCGGACGCCUGAAGCUGCUCCACGGCCAGAACCGGGUGUCGGAGGACGGGACGCUGGUUCCGCCGCAGCUCGCUCUGUUCUCCAUCGCCACGCCACUGCAGCCGCCGUCCAUCCUGGAGAUCCGCACCAAGACGCUCAUCUUCCAGACCAAACACAAGCUGGACUUCUCGCCGAUGGGCAUCGACACCCGAGGGAAGGUGGUUCUGGGCUACAACGAGGUGGAGCUCUGCAUGAAAGGCUCCGGCUACGCCUUCAUCCACGCCGCCGACAUGAUGUACUGCGCCGACAACCACCUGAGAAUGAUGAAAACCGGAGACAGCGGCUUCACCUUCUUCAGGCUGCUGACCAAGAACCGGACCUGGAUCUGGGUCCAGGCCAACGCCAGGGUGGUCUUCAAGGCAGGGAAGCCGGACUUCAUCGUGGCCCGGCAGAGAGCGCUGACAAAUGAAGAAGGAGAAGAGCAGCUCCGCCUCCGACGGCUGCAGCUUCCGUUCAACUUCACCACCGGCGAGGCGUUGCUCUACGACACCGCCCCCACCAUCGAGAUGCCCGACCCGUGCUCCGCCCCCAAGCAGAGGAAGGUGGACGGCUGCACCGUCAGCCCCAACUCGCUGCUGGGCUCCAUGCUGGGCCAGGACCCGUCCGUCUACUGCGAGCACAACUCCAACACCCUCAGCUCGCUCAACGACGUGGCCUUCAGGGACACCCACGCCACCGUCAACGUCCCCGGAGACAUCGUGCCCAAACCGGCCGUGAGCGGCCUGAUGAAGUCCGAGGCCACGGUGCAGGACAUGAUGGAGACGCUGCAGCAGCUCCUGGGCGACAGCGACCUGACGGAGGCGGUGGACGUGGGCCCCGAGGAGCUGAAGACGUGGGAGAGCGCUCUGCUCAAGAUGAACGUGAGCAGCUGCGAGUUCAGCGAGGACCUCAACGACCUCAUCAGCAACGACAUCCUGACCUACGUGGAGGAGCAGCUCCAGAAGGAGGGCGGCCUCAAGCUGGACGACUUCCCGGCCUGCCUCUCCUCUCUGGACCUCCAGAGCCAGAACCCCGACCAGCCCGGGGAGCAGAACUUCAGCUGGCCUCUGGAGCCCCAGAACCAGCUGAUCCCGAGCGGAGGGCAGAUGAUGGCUCCUCAGCCGACUCCGGUUCUGGGAUCCGUCAAACUGAGCCACAUGGAUUAUCCUCAGCUGAACUCUGCCGGGUUGAACGGGCCGAGCCUCCAGCAGAACCUCCCUGUUCCUCUGCAGCUGGGCGCCGCCGGAACCAUCGGCACUCCAGUGACCUUUAACCCCUCCAUGGUGGACUCCUGUCCCCAAACACAGAACCAGCAGAGAACCCUGCAGGUCAAAGACAGCGGCCUCGGCUCGUUCUCCCUCCGGCCGUCCAGCCAGCUUCACCCCAACCAGAUGGUCCAGAACCAUCUGCAGAUGAGGAGCCAGCCCGUGGGCCUCCAGGACCAAAACACAGGCGGACAGUUUAACCCUGUGUUCAGCUUUCAGGGCAGCCAGUGGAAUCCUGCGCUGUCCAGCGCAGUCGACAGCUUCGUGGACACAUUCGCCCCCGAUAUUUCAGCUGAAGCCGGUUUCUCUGCGGACGCGGCGGACGCGGCGGCGGCGGCGGCGGCGGCGUCCGGCUGCUUGCAGGGCCACUUUGCUCUGCAGACGCAGAGCAGCGACAGCCAGAGACAGUCGUGGCCUCUGGAGCAGCAGCUGCUCUCAGCCGGACACCAACAGAUGGGCCCCUGCCUCGGCCAGGUAUCGGGCUUUCAGAGGAACCCGGGAGACGUCGGCGCCGCCAGGCCGGCGUUCAGGACUGCAGAGGCUUCCGGCGCUCCGUUUCCGAGUCAGCAGGACUUGGAGGCGUCGUCCUCCAGGAGCUGUAUGUUCAGAAACGCCCCCCCGGUGCUGCCGAGGAACGGAGUUCACCUCAACCAGGCCAGAGUGAACCUGGCCAACCACCAGAUCCCCUCCAAGCCCUCCUGCUUCUACCAGGCGCUGCCCGGCAGCUCCAUGCCGAGCAUGGCGGCGAUCCCAAACCCCGACGAGGCGGCGCUGUCCUGUCAGAUGGCGGCUGGUCUGAACCCCAACGGCCUGCUGGUGCAGCAGCAGCCGUUCCUCAACUUCAGCGAACAGACGCAGAUCAACAACCGUCCAGUCGUUGGAAACGGAGUCUUCCCGUUCUCGACGCUGCCCAACGGGAACACGUGCUACUCAGAGAACAAAUAGGAAGCGCCGGGACGUCUGGACGGCGAGGACUCGGACUGAAACGUCGCUUUAGAGGGAAACUAAAGACUCCUGCGUCUAAACAAUGAAAGACUGAAGAACAAGAAUGUGCCCGAAAAGGACGAGGAGAGGAAACAAGACGCCUCUCCUUCUCCUUUUUAUCUUUUUUAUUGCUAUUAUAAAUAUUUAGGAAGCUGUGAGGGUUGGAGCUCGGCUGGUUUUCGGUGGAAUCGGAGCUGGAUGUCAGAAGAAAAGUGUGAAUUCCUCUUGUGGAGCUGGUUGGAUUGAACCAAAAAAGAAAAAAAAAAAAGAUCAUUUAAAAUUCUCGUCGGACGGCAUCAUCGGUGAUCGAACAGCGUUUCCCUGGCAACGGAUCAGAGCAUUUAUUCGUGGUUGGAAUAUUUGGACGUUUGGGAAUCAGAAGGAGUUGAAAAAGGCUCAGUGCUGCUCUGAGACGUUAACCGGACCGGCUAGUUCAUCAUCACCGUGUCAGCUAAACAGUUCAGCUCAAACUGUUGAUUGGAAACGUGUCUGAGACUUCAUCUGCAGCCUGCAAGUUAAAAAAAAAAAAAGGAAAAUCUAGAAAUGUAUAGAUUUGGAACCUCCAGUGUCGCACAAAAUAAAAACAAACAAAACAAAAGCAGAAAUCUGAGCUGCUUGGUCGGGUUUGGCCACAAGGGGGCAGCAAGCAGCCACACACGGUGACGUUGUCGUGGGUUCGUGCUGAUCAGAAGCUCCUGAACUGGGACGACCGGGACCGAUUGAUGCAAACGCUGGAGGAGAGAACGCUGAGAGAACCUCCUGGUAACCCAUCUCCAACCUACUCUCAUAAACAAACGUGUUUUUUUUCUGUUUCCAACGCUCAGAAGGAUAAAAACAUAUAGCUGUUGUUUUUUAUUAUUAUUGUUAUUAUUAUUGUGAUUAUAGUUGCUGUUUUUUGUCCUUUUGAAAACGCGUCUUGAUUUCGUUCAUUUCAACUCUUUGCUGUCCCGCUGAGGGAGACUUGCUUUUUGCAGACAGGGUAUCCAGAAAACGAUUUAAGAAAAGAAUUUAAAAAAAGAAGAAGCGCACAAUAAACGAUCACAUCCUGCUAACAGACGGUUCGUCACACAGACGGGAUUCAGUGAAAACAGCUGCUUGUUGAUAUAUUUUAAAAGCUUCGUCACUGAGCCAGUUUCAUUUCUCCUUCGUGUCUCUUCUGUUUUGUUGUUGUUGUUGUUGUUGUUGUUGUGUUCAAGAUUCAUUCGGUGCCUUAAACUGACGGAGCUGUUGGAAACUUUAAAGGGACAGUCGAUGUGAAAACAUUCAAACCAAAGUUUUGCCUUAACCAAGCCAAGUUCAGAGGGUUUAUUAGAUUUUUGUUGCACUAGUCCUUUAAAGUGUUUGACUUUGCCAAAGCGUAACACAGAAUGUGAUUCCUUAAGCCACUCUUUAAAUUAGGACGAUGAUGCUCAGGAUUCAUGAGAUUUAAAGACACCGAUCGGGUUUUUCAGACUCAGCUAUUUUUCCAGAGCAGUAACCGAAGCCAGGCCCGGCUCUGCCGCCUUCACGUCUCCCCGAACGGAGGAUGUUUCUCCCUGAACCAGCCGAGGAUGCUCGAGUGUUUCCCACAGCCACCUUCCGUCCUCUCGCUCUCUCUCCUCUUUCUGUCCUGCUUGUCUCGCUCCGAGCAUCGUCCACCCGUCCGGCAGCGAAACACAGAAGAAGUAAAACAGUUAAAGGCAGCUAUUGUAUAUUUCAGACGAGGAAAAAAAAACAAACAAACCAAAAACACACUUCAAGUGCCUUUUCAUUGAGCGACACCGUUCAGCACUUAGGUGGAAAAGAAACGCUGCGAGGAGGCCUCAACCCCGACUGAGCCGUCAGAUCACUCUCUUGUGCUUUUCUCUCAACACUUGACUUAAAUACCAAACGAACGAGUCAGUACAGCCAUCUGGGAUGCUUCUAUCCCAGCGGAUACCAAAGGGACGGGACGUUUUCAUGAUUUUUUUAUGGCGACGGAACCAAACGUCAAGCGAGAAACAGACCAGAAUGAUUGUAGUCGCCACCCAGACAUUCACAAGUCAACGUAAACCGACUCUGGCUUGUGAAUACCGUUCACGUCAACAUCCGAAGCCGCUGAAAUCUGGAUGUAGUGUUUUACUGUCCAAGCUCAGCAGUUAAUCAGCAGAAAAAAAUAAUGAAAAAUGUCGAUUAUUCUCCAGUUCCAGGCUCUGAAGUGAAGGGAUUUGCUGUUCAAGUGAAUAUUUUGGGGUCUUUUUACAUUACAGACGUUAAUGUAAAGAAAUAAUUCCCAAAAAUCUGCUUUUUUUUCUGUUUCAGUUGCAGCUCGGAUGUUGACGAGAACGUUAGGCACAAGCUCUCGUGUGCAGAGGCAUUCUGGGAAAUGUAGUACGCCGAGAAACCGCCUUUUACAAAUGCUUUGGCUCAGUUUUUACACUUCAGAUGUCGAAGGCGUUGAUCAUACUUUAAAUUAAAAACAACUGUAAAUAUAGAUUGUUCUGCAUUUACACGAGACAAACGUGUUGACCACAAAGUUAGUAGUGAACCAUAUAGACACGACUCAGCUGGAAGUCCAGCAUUCAUGAAUGAGUUCGUCGGAGCGAGCGUUGUGUUGAGUCCUGAAAACUGAGCCAAAGCGGCCGUGAAACGAUCCCUGAAUCCAGCAGAAAUCCUCCCGCGUGGACGGACACUCAGUGCAAGUUGAAGCGUCACGAUCGCGGCAUCUUCUCCUCUUUUUUUAAACCUGCUUUUUAAUCAGAGCCUCUUUUUUCUUCACAAAGUAUUCUCCGUAUAGGAAUAUAAAUAUUGUUUUUGUCGCUUGCUUCUACAUUUAAAAAUAUUAUACUUUGAUUUUUUUUUUCAAACCCUCGGAGGCCAAGACUCCAGAAUGCAGUAUCUUUGUGUAAGUGUAUAUAAAUAUAUAUAUUUGUCUUUUUUUUUUCUUUCUCCAAAACACGUAUUGUCAUAUAUUGUGUAUUUUAAUAUCAUAUUGCCUUAACCUGACUCACGCCUGUCAUGUUUUUGUACAUUUUCUGCACAGCGUAUGUAACCUCCUGUUGUUUUGUUUUGUAACUCUACAUCUUAUAUCUCGUGGAUUUGCUUUCAGUACGUCGCUUCAGUGUAAGAGUGUCUGAGUCGGUCUUUACAUGCUCACGAUAUUAAAGGUGAUCUGAUCACUGCACUGGUUUGAA